AUGCUUUCGGUAUUGUUUCAAGGUUUGAAAGUAAACUACACAAGCCAAAAAGCAAUUUGUAGAGGAAGGUCUGAUUCAAGAGCCUGCAAUGAAAAUUUUCCCAACUCCCACAUUGUUUUGCCUGAUAAAACCACAGUUAAGAAUAGUGUGGGAAAAUGUAUUCGACCUAAUGUAUGUGAAUGUAAACAGGAAGGGUUUUAUUCAGCUGGUUCAUUUUGUAAUAUCUGUUCACCUAUCAAUAACUGUGAUCUGGAAUAUUGUACAACUAAAACUAACCAGAGAUGUCGGAGAUGUGAAGGAUUGGUAGCAGAUAAAUCGUGGUAUCGAGCUUAUAUUAUAUCGACGGAUAAAAGAUUGUGUAUAAAUAAUACGGUUUAUUGGGACGGUUGGAUUGACGAUGAUUCUGGUAUAGCUAUAUAUGAAUUAGAAAUAUUCAGCAUGAAGUCGGUAGGAAAUGAACUAAUGAUAGACAAACGAGUAUUCGACACGAAAACUACAUUGAAGAGCCAACAAUUUAAUUUAACAGUACCAGGUGUAUAUUCUGUUAUACUUGCUGCAGUAGAUAAAGCUGGUAAUAUUAGACUUGCUAGACGAUGUUUGAUAUUCGAUGAUAACAGUGAGACUCGUAAAGAAUGUGAAGAGAAAUAUCAAAAUUCACCCCGAGGAUCUUGUUAUUGUUAUUGUACACCUGCUUUUGGAUGUUAUCUUCAACAUUUUCAAGUUAAACCUGGUGUAUCAUUAGAUAAAGGGACUGGAUUAAUUCAAGGAAAACAUCAAGGUGUACAUAAUUAUGAUUACUAUAUUGAAGUUAAUGUUAUGAAUAAUGCUAAAUUAUAUUCGACACUCACAUACAAGAUCACCAUUGAUACAAGUCCACCACAUGUUGGUGUUGUACAUGAUGGUAGAUAUGAUGAACCGGAAGUAGAUUACCAACCAGACAGAAAUCUACAAGCACAUUGGGAAGGAUUUUCUGAUAAAGAAAGUGGUGUGAGAUAUUAUCACUAUGGUUUUUCUACUAGAUGUUUAACUGCUGAAGACUUUCAUUUUGAAAUCCGGAACACUCUAGAUAUACAUGAAUCAUCAGUAACCCAUGCUACCUGGUUAGCACCUACAGAUGGACAGUAUUAUAUCACAGUUGUAGCCUAUAACGCAGCUAUACAACCCUCUCAACCUGUAUGUUCUGAUGGUGUUGUAAUAGAUUCAACGCAACCUUAGUAGUAAGACGGGUACUUUGUAAAUAGAACGAUAUAAUUAGUUAAGCAAGUAAUUUGGGAACAAUGGAAAUCAUUAAUAAAUAGAACAAAGGAAUGCCGGCGAACGAAGGACUCGAAAACAAUGGUGCAAAAAGAACAAAUAAUCUUGGAAGUGAGGCAAUGCGAUGCCAAUAUUGGUAAAUGUGCGUGCGUCGUUUUAUAACAGAUGUC